AUUCUUUACCCACUGAGCCAUCGGGGAAGCCCUGAAGUGCUUAAAACCUAAAAAAAGAAAAUUUUGCAAAUGGAGAAGAAUGACACAUACAUAAGGGAACAUUGAUUCAAAGGUUCAGUCACUUCUCAUCAGAUGUAAUACAGCCUGAAGACAUGGAAACAAUAUCUUUGAAAUGCUGAAAGAAAAAUGUUGUCAACUCUGAAAUCUGUUAUCUUGCAAAAAUAUUCUUAAAGAAUCCUGAAGAAGUAAAAACAUCUUCAGAUAAAAGAAAAAGAAAACAAAGAAGAUGAACUACCAACAGACCUACACUACAAAAAAUGCUAAGAGAAUUUUACAGACUGAAGAGGAAUAAAAUUGGCUUGAAUUUUAGCUCUUCAGGAAGGAAUGAAGAACACAAGAAAUAAAAAAUGUGGUAUGUCUCUAUGCCAGACUGUUGUCGUAGGCUCUGUGGUCAUUCUUCUGUACUCUUCAAGAGCAUGUUAUAAUUUGGUGGUGAUCACCAUAUCUCAGGAUACAUUAGAAAGCCCAUUUAAUUAUGGCUGGGAUAACCUUUCGGAUAAGGCUCACGUAAAAGACGUAAGUGGAGAAGAGUAUAUUGUAUUUGGAAUGGUCCUCUUUCUGUGGGAACAUGUGCCAGCAUGGUCAGUGGUACUGUUUUUCCGGGCACAGAGAUUAAACCAGAAUUUGGCACCUGCUGGCAUGAUAAAUAGUCACAGUUAUAGUUCCAGAGCAUACUUCUUCGACAAUCCGAGACGAUAUGAUAGUGAUGAUGACUUGCCAAGACUGGGAAGUUCAAGAGAAGGAAGUUUGUCAAACUCACAAGGCUUGGGCUGGUAUGGCACCAUGACGGGGUGUGGCAGCAGCAGUUACGCAGUCUCUCCCCACCUGCAUGGACCUCUGACAGACACUGCUCCUUUGCUCUUUACUUGUAGUAACUUAGACAUGAACAGUCACCAUAGCUUAUACGUGACACCACAAAACUGAUAGCAUUACCAAGUUGUGAUUCUUCAAUCAUUUUUCAUAAAUGUGUAUAUUCAAUGUGUUUAAAUCCCAUCUGCAUAAACAUUCCAUUAUCCGUUACAACUGAAAACAAAGCCUGGAAAUGUGGCUGAAUCCAGUGGAGGACACAGCUGUUACUUUUGACCUCGUCCUGGUAAAAUGAAGUACAAUGGAAAAUUUGGAGCCAGAGAAAAGAAGGAUUAGAUCUUAAGGGACUUGAUGGCCUCCAAACAUCCUGACUUUGGAAUAUCAAACGCAUAUUUGCACUUUUAUCUUUGUUCUGAAAGAGUACACUGCAGUCCCCAAAGUCAUCCCCAGUCUUCACACUGGGAUGUUAUGUUGUACAUCAAAUCAGGAGGCAGUUUCCUCACAAAAAUCAAAGCCUGUAUAUCCAGCAGUGUAGUCCAUGUGGAAUUCUUACCCAAUAAAGUUUAUAGUGUCAACAGUGCACAGAAUGAAGGCAUAAAAAUGUAUCAUUCUUUUGAAAGAUCUGUUGAGAAUAUGUAAUCAUUGAAGAUAGUUCUUUUAAGCAUGAUUGUACAGUACUAACUGAAAUUAUUCAAACAAUCAUUAUAAAGAAAUGAUACUAGUAGUCCUUUACAGUGAGGACCAGCAGUGUUCUUUGGAAAGCCACAGUCAUUUCUUCAAGAGCAAAGUAUACCAAUCAAAAUCACGUGGCUACUUUGAGUAGAAUUGGACAAGUGAUUAUCCUGUAUGGUUAAGAUAAUGCAGUAGUUUAAGCAUGAUUCUUCAAGAAAACAACAGCAAUUUUUCUGUAGGGAGAUAUUGAUAGAAACUUCUUAGGACUAAAGUUUACAGAUGCAUUUAAGAAUUAUUCAGAAAAUAUACAAUUCUAAGUUAAAACAUGAAUACAUUUUCAAAGGCAUUCAAUUAGCUGAAAUAAAAUAUAGCAAGUCAUACCUAUUAUUCCUAUGAAUCAGGAUUAUCCUCAGGUAAAUUAAAUCAUGAUAUGUUAUUGCAGUGAACUCAAGUGCAAUACUUUGUAAUACAUAUAAUUCUUCCUUUAGUUUUCAUUUUAAUAUCUUGCAUAUGAGCAAAACCAAAUUAAAUUUAAUUAAAAUUAAUUCCAGCACUAGACUAAAUGAACAACUCAUGUGAAGGUACUAACUAGGUAAGUAUAAAAGCCAGUGGUUAACAAUAUUGGAGUACUUUCAUAAUUACAUUAAAACUAUCUUGAACGUCCUAUCUUAGAUCUAAAAUAUAUAUAUAUAUAUAUAUAUAUGGUAGGCUAAAGUGAUAGAGAAUUUUAAAAUGCACUUUCUACCAAUGUCUAUAUGGAAAAAAGUAGAUGCUAAAUACCUCAAGAGCCCAAGGUAAAAGGCAACAUUGGGAAGCUGUCACAACAUGCUUAAAGAUGACUAUAUACGGUUAUUUGCUAAUCUAUUUCUUCAGAACUGGAACUAAUACAACUAUCUUUUUCUGUCUUUACUUUGAUUACAAAGUUAUAUUCUUUUUCUUCUCUUACAUAAAACAUCUUUCAACUUUUUGAUUGAUUCAGUAACUUCACAGAAGUAUAACAGUACGUGAAACCCCAGGAAAAAAAUGAAAUUUUUAAUGCUUUUGAUCUCUUGGGAAGCUGGUACACAGCCAAAGAAAUUUCAUCUUUUUAUCAUACAAAAUAAUUCUGAAUUCAGUCCAAAGCAUAAACUUAUACAUGUCACUUUGGAUUUAUAGUAAAUUCUCUCAAUGCAACCAAAUUAUUUAAAAAUUUAUGGUAUAGAAUUUAUAGGUCAUAACAGGACAACAUACCAUGCACUUACCUGAGUGUAUUUUUACUGCAACUUCAGUUACUGGGUUUCUUUUCAGAAUGCCAACUAUUUAUUUUCUUAAUAAUGUUAGGUAUUUAAUUAUCUAGAGCUAACUAAGAAGAUGUGUUGCCUUUGUUAAUCCUUGGGGUUCAAAGUGAUACAUGUUUUCUAGGAAAGCUUCCCCAGACUUCCUUACAUAAUGCUCCUAUUUGACCAGAUAAGUGAGGAUUACUUUUUAAAAAUAUUUCAGAUAAAAUAACCUGGUUUUUUCAGUUGCAUUAGUUGAUUUCUUCCAAAUCCGAGAUUUGUAAAUUUCUUAUCCUUGACCAGGGAACCUGAAUUCUUGCAUUUGUCUCCUUAUAGACAUCUCCCACAAUAAAUCACCAAAGACAAAGAAAGAGAAGCUUCUGGCCCAGUUUUUGCUUAAAAAUUCCAAAGCACUAGGAGCACUUUAAGUCUGGUCUUGAAAGAAGGAGUUGUUUAUCAAAUCAAAGGGCUAUCGAUCCCCUGUUCAUCCUGCACUGAAGCACAUGAUGACAAUUUCAAACCUUCUUUUUGGUUCACUUAACUAGAAAAGAGAAUUUCAUUGCUUAAGUGUAUAAUUCUACAGUGAUUAGCAGUACUUGUUUUUAUUGUUUCAUUUGGAUGGUCAUUAAUUUUGAAACUCUUGCCACUCACUAUAGCUGGUAGUAGUUUUAUGAAAGAUGUAAUUUAUAGCUAAAGUGGCUUUUUUAAGCAUAGCUGCCUUUUUUAUUGUUUAACAGUGUUUCUCAGCUAUAAAAUCAGUGUCAAACUGGUUAUAAAAGUAUAGCUGUGGCCAAUGAAUGUAUUUAUUUGUUUCACUAAAUUGUAACAAAACACUACUGUUAAAAAUAAAAGUGUUUGUGCUUUUA